AUGUACGGCGGUCGGGAUGUCGGUAUGAGACGUACGGCGGUCGGAAGGUUUGAAGGAGGUGUACAAGGGUCGGAAGGUUUGUAUGAGAUGUACGGCAGUCAGGACGUCUGUAUGAGAUAUACGGUAGUCGGAAGACACGACCAACAAACACCUCCUACAGACAACACCCACGAACACCUCCUACAGACCCCACACAACGUCCACCUCCUACAGACCCGACCAACCUAUACCUCCUACAGACACGACCAACAUACACCUCCUACAGACACGACCAAACUACACAUUCUACAGACCCCCACCAACGUACAACCCCUACAGACCCCGACCAACAUACACCUCAUACAGACACGACCAACAUACACCUCCUUCAGACACGACCAACCUACACCUCAUACAGACCCCGACCAACGUACACAUUCUACAGACCCCGACCAACGUACACCUCCUACAGACCCCCACCAACGUACACUUCCUACAGACCCCGACCAACGUACACAUUCUACAGACCCCGACCAACGUACACCUCCUACAGACCCCAACCAACGUCCACCUCCUACAGACCCCGACCAACGUACACCUCCUACAGACCCCCACCAACGUACACUUCCUACAGACCCCGACCAACGUACACAUUCUACAGACCCCGACCAACGUACACCUCCUACAGACCCCGACCAACGUACACCUCCUACAGACCCCAACCAACGUCCACCUCCUACAGACCCCUACCAACGUACACCUCCUACAGACCUCGACCAACGUACACCUCCUACAGACCCCAACAAACGUACACCUACAGACCUGACCAACCUACACCUUCUACAGACACGACCAACAAACACCUCCUACAGACCCCAACCAACGUCCACCUCCUACAGACCCCACACAACGUCCACCUCCUGA